AUGUCUCAUGCUACACCUAAAGCCAUUGAUGCUCUGAUGAAGAUACCAAGAGGUGAUUUCAUACCUCAUGAGUUGGCUGAUGGUGCCUAUGCUGACACUCCUUUACGAUGCUCCAGGAUGGGCUUCAACAUCUCAGCUCCACAUAUAUAUAUCGUUUGUCUAUCAGAGCUGGACAUACAACCUGGCCAGAAGUUCUUGGAUGUUGGUAGUGGAUGUGGCCAUAUGACAUGUCUUGGAGGAUACUUGGUCGGACCUUAUGGUGUCAGUCAUGGACUGGAGAUUGUGGAUGAGAUCAUGGAGUUUGGUAGGAACAAUGCCAUCAAGUUCUCGGAGAAGUCUGGCAUAGACCUAUCCAACGUCGAGUUCAAACUUAGGAAUUGUUUCCUUCCCGAUCCAGAAGAGACAAUAUAUGAUAGGAUUAAUGUUGGAUCGACAUGUCCCAAACAAAUGGUCAAGGUACUGUUGAGAUCAUUGGCACUUGGUGGAAAGCUCAUUGCACCAGUGGAUGAUGAGUUGAGAGUUUACUCCAAGGACAACAAUGGCAACAUCACAAAGAAGAAUCUACUUAGUGUACGAUUCUCAGACUUGACCAUCCCAACUGAUGAAGAACUACAAAGGGCAGAGUUCAUGAGUCAAAGAUCCAAAUCAUUGAGGAUCAAUGUUCCAAACGAUAAUAUCUUCCAGUCAUAUGGCAAACUUGUAAAUAGCGACUUGUGUACAGACUUUACAUUCUUGUUGUAUGACAAACAGAUAUAUGCUCAUAGAUUGUUCCUCCAGAUGAGGACACCAAAGUAUUUCCAGACAGUGGAGGAACUCAAGGUUGUUGAACUACCAUCAGAACUAAAGUAUAAUGGAUUGAUUGGUGUUCUAGAGUAUAUCUACUCUGCCUCAAUGCCAAUGGAAACACUCAAGGUACAAGACUUGGUUCAAAGUAGAGAACACCUCACAGCAGUAAUGGACGCUGCCAAAUAUCUAAGUAUUGAUGUGUUGGCACAGUACUGUCAGGACCUACUCACAUUGUACAAUGGUGUUGAUGUUGAGACUGAUGAGAGAGUGCCCAUCACAAUGACCAUGAAGAACCAACUCCAAGCAUCACGAGACGAUGAGAAGAAACUACUUCAAGUCCAACUAUCCGAGUUGUUGACCAAGCCAAAGUCACCUCCAGGCUCAACCAUCACGCUAUCAGCUGGAGGAUCCAAGAUCAUUUGCCACAAGGUGAUAUUGGAGUGUAGAUCAACAUUCUUCAAGUCAUUCUUUACAUCUGGUAUGAAAGAGACUUUUAGUGAGUUGAUAGAGAUACAUGGACCAUUCGAGUUGGAUGACUUUGUGUUAUAUUUGAAGUAUCUAUAUUGUGGCGAUGAGUUCAUAAUCAACAAUGACAACAUUGUUGACAUCCUACGUAUAGCCGACUAUUUCAACGAGUCAUGUCUCAAGAGUUGUUGCGAACGAUUCCUAUCCAGCUCCAUCGACAAUGAUAAUGUCUGUUUCCUACUUCAAACAUCGUCCAACUACAAUGCCACACAACUAAAGAGAGUUUGCAUCGAGAGAAUACUAGAGGUAAGUCAAUGUCAAGAAUGA